AUGGCCACCCUGUACCCGUCUCUGGAGGACCUGAAGGUGGACCAAGCCAUUCAGGCCCAGGCCAGAGACACCCCCAAGAUGCCCAUCCUGCCUGUGCAGGAGAGAGCUGUCCCCCAGUCUCCAGUUUUGUACCCAAACCUGGCAGAACUGGAAAAUUAUAUGGGUCUUUCCCUCUCCAGCCAAGAAGUCCAACAGAGCCUGCCUCAGAUUCCAGACGGUACCAGUACGGUGAUCUCCGGCCCCUUGCCGGGCCAGGUGGUGGCGCCGGUGUCCGGGAACAGCCUGGGGGUGCGGCGUGCGGAGAUCAAGCCCGGGGUGCGUGAGAUCCACCUGUGCAAGGACGAGCGUGGCAAGACGGGGCUGCGGCUGCGGGCCAUCGACAAGGGCCUCUUCGUGCAGCUGGUGCAGGCCAACAGCCCUGCGUCCCUCGUGGGGCUGCGCUUCGGGGACCAGGUCCUGCAGAUGGACGGGCGCGACUGUGCCGGGUGGAGCACGGACAAAGCCCACCGGGCGGUGAAGAGGGCUUCCGCGGAGAAGAUCGUCAUGGUCGUGCGGGACAGGCCUUUCCAGCGCACCGUCACCCUGCACAGGGACAGCGCCGGCCACGUGGGCUUCGUCAUCAAGAAGGGGAAGGUGGUGUCCGUGGUCAAAGGGAGCUCCGCGGCCCGCAACGGGCUCCUCACCAACCACUACGUGUGUGAGGUGAACGGGCAGAACGUCAUCGGGCUGAAGGACAAAGCGGUCACGGAGAUUCUGGCCACGGCCGGGAACGUCGUCACCCUGACCAUCAUCCCGACGGUCAUCUACGAGCACAUGGUCAAAAAGUUGUCCCCGACACUGCUCCGUCACACCAUGGACCACUCCGUCCCCGACGUCUGA